CGUAUAGGUGUGUGUUGAGUAUGGAGGCAUUUAGAGUGACCAUAUAUUUUGUGUCGUUAUUUUUGAUUGUGACAAAAGUGCGCGGUCUAAAACACAAUGUUACGGAAUCACCGAUAUCGGGAUUUAUGUACGAAAUUUUGGACACGCGGCUGGAGAUUCUUCAGACCAAACUAAACGAGAUGGAGCUCACCAGGAGGCAAGAUCGAGAGAUGUUGGAAAGAUUACUUUCUGUUAUAAAUCAGUUGAAUCAAACGAUGGUCGAAAAUCACAUCGCACUACAAACUCAGUCAAGUAAAAUGAUCUCUCAGCUGACGGCUUACGCUACGCAUGACGAGAUAAGGAAGGAGAUCACAGUGCUUGCAACUAAAAAAGAUCUAGCUAUGCUUCAGGUGAAUCCAGGUAUACUAUAUCGGAAUGUCUCGUCUCGAUCGUGCGUGCAAGAGCAGUCGAAGCAUUCUGGCAAGUACAUCAUACAGGCAACCGAAAAUGAUUAUCCAUUCGUGGGCUACUGUGACCAGACUACUCUCGGAGGGGGAUGGCUAGUGUUCCAGUAUCGUUUUGAUGGAUCGGUGGACUUUUAUCUUAACUGGACUGAGUAUCGCGAUGGGUUCGGGAGCAUGGAUGGAGAGUUCUGGCUCGGCUUGGAGAAGUUACAUCGGAUUACCGCGGCGCGAAAGCAUGAGCUGCUGGUGGAGCUGAAAGAUUUCGAUGGAAAGUACAUUUAUGCACGGUAUGAUGAGUUCGAGAUCGGGAGUGAAGAGGAGCAAUAUCCGUUAAAAAAGCUAGGAUCGUACAGUGGAACGGCAACAGAUGCAUUGAAAUAUCAUAGAGACAUGAAGUUCUCCACCAAAGAUCGGAGGAAUGAUAUUCACCCAAUUGAUGACUGUGCUACUCUGUACAAAGGAGCAUGGUGGUAUAACAAAUGUAUGCAAUCACAUCUGAAUGGGGUGUAUGAGAAUAUAAACGAUCCAAAAGCUAUCGGUUGGUUCUACUACAAAAAUUCCUGGCAGGGUUUUGCAUAUUCAAGAAUGUCGAUUCGCGAAGUUUAA